AUGGUGGUUGCAAUAGGCGCAUUCAACGAGGCCGUAGAUCACGAAGAUGCCGAAGUCAGUCGCCAACUGCAGACUCUUGCUCUGGAGCAGUAUUCUCGCGCGCUCGAACAGACUGUCAGCCGGAUCGAGAUCAUUGCGCAGGAGCAUCUCCUGAUAGCAGCCUUGAUGUUUUCUUUUUUCGAGAGCAUCCGCGGCCACACACUCGCAGCUUUGAGGCAGCUAUAUUCGGCGAUAUCGGCCUUGUUGCGGCACUGGACUGAUGACCGGGCCAUUCCUGUGAUUGAGGACGAUCUAAGACCCAUCCUGGCCUUUACACACGUUCGGGCAUCGGCGCUGUAUCCGCAGAUACUGCAAAUACCUGCUCCUCUGAAUGGCGAUCUUCCGCAGCGUUUCGACAGCAUGAAUGAGGCGCACCUACACUUCUUUGCGAUCGCGCAGAGGAUCUCCACGGAGCUGGACCUAGAGUACCGAAGAGGUUCGUCAGCAGAUCGACCUGCACUCACCGGGGCCGGCUUUCUGGCGCGUUUCAAUGCAUGGAGAGAGCGAUUUGUGGAAUUCAUCAAUGGCCCGGAGCCUACCUGUCAUUGCGAAGUCUCCCAAGUGGAGAUCCACCACCGCCUCGGCAUACUGUUCAUGCAAAUUCAGUACCUUUCUGCUGCGAUCAGGCUGCGAGCCGGCGUGAUCGCUUCAGAAAUGGCAUUCGACUCGCAUGUGGAAGACAUCAAGCGGAUACUAAAUCUACAUGAGCAAAUCAUGUUGCUGUUUCGGAGACCAGACUACGACGGCCCAGCAGCCGCCAGAUGUCUAGGCUUCACGCCCUCAGUCCUACCGACAUUGGCCAUGCUAGGUUUGCGGUGUCGAGAUGCGGCAACCAGGCGCCGCAUUACGGCAAUCAUAAGGUCUGCCGGCAAUGGAGGUAAUCAGCUCGGCAACAAACUUGCUGCGGAGAUCCUCGAGAAAGUCACAGAAGUCGAAGAGAGCCUCGCAACGAGACAGCCUGCACAGGAGGCUGCUGACAUACCGAUCGAAGCACGUCUGGUCAUCUCAGCAGUCACCAUGUUCAAGUAUGAUGCAGGUACGCAACAAUUCGCAAUCGUCUCCGACUACGGUGACCCCGAUCUCGUUCGCGUGCGAUACCUCAGACCACACACGGUCACUGCGACCGAGGCUGGGGACGAAAAACAACUACAAAGCAUAAAACCACAAACGCCUUUCAACUACAACGACAUUUCUUCGAAUACAUCUGUGAAGAUCUCUGGCAGCUCCUCUCCUCAGAGAUCAUCCCUUCCCUCGUACACCCAACCUACCACCACCACACCACCGCACAAAAUGUCCACCACAACAAUGCCAAACCCCACCCCACGACCAAACCCAACAUCAACACUCACCACCCCCACCGAGCCUUCCGAAAACGUCUCCGAUAUCACCAUCUCCCUCGCCAACCCCACCCACACAGAUGCCCUCGUCACCCUCAUCAACGAAGCAUUCUACUCCGACACCACCGGCGAAGCCUGGCUCACCGACGUCCGCACCCCCGUCGCCCACUCCUCCUUCAUUCAACCCAUGCUAUCGGACCCCGACUUGCGCUUCCUCAUCGCCACCGCCCCCACCGACCCCAGCGCACUGCUUGCCUGCUGUUUCGUCAGAUACAACCCCACCAGCGCCGCACCAUCUCAGGAUCCAGCUACAGCUAAAACGACGGCAUGGCUGGGCUUCCUGUGCGUUCGUCCCAAAGUGCAUGGAACAGGGUUAGGUGGGAAGAUGCUCGCCUACGCGGAGGAGUUCAUUCGAAGGGAAUGGCCACUGCCCAACGGGCCGACUAGGGUUGAGAUCAAUGUGGUGAACACGAGGACGGGACUGAUGGGGUAUUACGAGCGGAAGGGGUUCAGGAGGACGGGGAGGCAGACGGCGUUUCCUUAUGGGCCGAGGAAGGGGGACGGGGUUCUGAGGGAUGAUCUGGCUAUGGUGGACUUCGGCAAAGACUUGGGGACUGGGGAGUGA